AUGCUGGGUGGGGUGUGCGUGCCGGCGGUGUUGACUCAGGCCAAUCUUCGUCGGAAAAAGGCGGGAACAAUCAGCGCAGGCCAAUUGGGCAACCGUGUUCGUACCAACACUUUCAUUGUCGUGAACUCGAUGGUGGGCUACCAAGCCAGCUUUCGAUUUGCAGCACUUGCCACAUCCCUCACACGUGAACCCAACGAGUCUCUCCUGUGUACUGGCUACCCGGUCGGCACCACGAGGAGGUGGUUCAGCUCGCCGUAUAUCAACACACACGUAACACUACUGAACGCACAACCACUAACCCACUGCUACGCACAACUACGCACUGAUGAUGUCACCUCGAUUGGUGAUGAAACGUUUGCAACCAAAUUGCCCAGCUCAGCGAACAAGCCAACGACCAUCAUUAUCACCGAUGACAAAAAAUUUCAUCCUGAAUCACCCACGCCGUGCACAACACAUCGGCAAUCGUUCCACAGGCCACAGGUCAGUAUGGAUAUGAAUAUCGUCUGCACCACUGGGGACAAAGUAAACAGGCUACUGUUUCAAGCUACCGACCGCGGCGGCAUACGAGAUUUGUUCACCCGCCUGAAUAAUGACUGUUUGCCGACAGUAGCUCAGGUAAAGUACACAGAAGUAAAUGGAGUUGCAUUCUGA